GUGCCCCCAUUGGUCUGAGGAGGGCUCCAUGUCCUUUCUGAGCAGGGGCCCAGCCUGGGGGAGGACAUUUAUACCCCUCCCGGGCCCACCAGCCCAGGCGACACUGCCAGCCGACCUCGCUCCCCACGCAGCCCGACGCUAGGGAAUUCCAAGACGACUCCCCCAGGAGGCUCUAAGCCCAGGACUUCAAGAUGGGGGAUGAUGAGAAGCGCAACAGGGCCAUGACGGCCCGCAGACAGCACCUCAAGAGCGUCAUGCUGCAGAUCGCGGCCACGGAGCUGGAGAAGGAGGAGAGCCGCAAGGAGACAGAGAAGCAGAACUACCUGUCGGAGCACUGCCCCCCGCUGCACAUGCCCAGCUCCAUGGCCGAGCUGCAGGAGCUCUGCAAGCAGCUGCACGCCAAGGUGGAUGCGGCCGAGGAGGAGAAGUAUGACAUGGAGGUGAAGGUGCAGAAGAGCAGCAAGGAGCUGGAGGACAUGAACCAGAAGCUCUUCGACCUCAGAGGCAAGUUCAAGAGGCCGCCGCUGAGGAGGGUGCGCAUGUCGGCCGACGCCAUGCUGAAGGCGCUGCUGGGCUCCAAGCACAAGGUGUGCAUGGACCUGCGGGCCAACCUGAAGCAGGUCAAGAAGGAGGACACGGAGAAGGAGCGGGACCUGCGCGACGUCGGGGACUGGAGGAAGAACAUCGAGGAGAAGUCCGGCAUGGAGGGCCGGAAGAAGAUGUUCGAGUCCGAGUCCUAGGCUCCCCGCUGCACCCCGCCUCGCACUGGCGGGCGCCCCGGCUCCGGGCAGAGCGGCAGAGGAUGGGCCCACGGAGCCGCUGGGAGGGCGGGCCCAUCGCAGCUGUCAAUAAAGGCCUCCAACCCUGUGA